CACACCUGUCAGAACAGGGACUUGAGUGCACCUCGCAGCUCACAGCAGUGGGUAACCGUAGUCAGCCAUCCACCACUUCGGUUCAUUCGCCUUUGUCGUCUUCUAUAGCGGUACUUUUGAUGAGCGCAAGAGCCAGUCCGACGCCAAGGCAGCCCCCGAUACGGCCCUUUUCUUGAGGAGCUCGAGCUCAGCCUGCGACUACCUGCUCUCUCAGAAUCCCUUAGCUUCUUGUCCUCGAAUGUCAGUGCUACCCUCCCUCCGAUCGAGAACUUUCUCGGGAAGUAGCGACGCAACCACCCGCAGAAGACAGGAUCCAAGCUGGCCCUGCCCGGGCGACACACUUUCCUCUGUACUUCCUCGCGCGGAAUCGAUGAAGUGUACGGACGAGGAGGACGCUCAGGAGACGGACGACAGCUUACCGCGCUUGUCAAUCGCCUCCUAUGAUUCCACCGUCGGCCCCUAUACGUCCGCACGAACCUCUUUCGCCUCUACAGUCGCUUCGGGUCCGUCACCAGAAGGCCACAGCGUGGCCUUCUUGUCGCCCUUUCAAGAGGGCUCCCUGUCAGUGGAACCAAGCACCAGACACAGCGAUGUCAUCAUCAGGACUUCGAGUAGCUUGACGAUUCGACCGCAGAGGCCUACGCGACGGUCUCACAGCGCAGAGUCGCAACAGAGCAGUACACCUACUCACCGCAACGUCAGUCGAGAAGACCGCCAGCGGGCAUCCAGCUCAUCGGGUGUCGUCAGGUACCCAGUGACGGAUGAUUGGGGCAAGCAAUUCUGGGUGGUCAUUAUUGAUCCUGGU